UUUAACUCCAACUCGUCCCGUUUUGUCUCCUUCCGCCAUCCUAACGGCCGCCAUUUGUAAUUUGAAUUGACCCUACUGACCAUCGGAUUGAAUCCGUCGGCAUCCUCCUUAAAAGGGCGAAAAAGAAAGGAUUUAUCAUCAAAAAUAGAAAGCUAAGAAGACAAACGUUGAACUUCGAUGGCAAGUACAGACCAACUCAACAUCGACAGCAUCAUAGCCCGGCUUUUGGAAGUGCGGACUAAUGCAGAUUUACAAAUUCGUGGCUCAAGACCGGGAAAGAAUGUGCAGUUGACAGAGAAUGAGAUCCGUGGCUUGUGUCUGAAGUCGCGGGAAAUCUUCCUGAGCCAGCCCAUCCUCCUGGAGUUGGAGGCCCCACUCAAGAUUUGUGGUGACAUUCAUGGUCAGUACUAUGACUUGCUGCGUCUCUUCGAGUACGGAGGUUUCCCUCCCGAGAGCAACUACCUGUUCCUGGGGGACUACGUGGACCGUGGGAAACAGUCGCUGGAGACCAUCUGUUUGCUGCUAGCGUACAAGAUCAAGUAUCCGGAGAACUUCUUCCUGCUCAGAGGCAACCACGAAUGUGCGAGCAUCAAUCGCAUCUACGGAUUUUACGACGAGUGUAAAAGAAGGUACACAAUAAAACUAUGGAAGACGUUUACGGACUGUUUCAACUGCCUGCCCAUCGCAGCCAUCAUAGAUGAGAAGAUCUUCUGUUGCCACGGAGGACUGUCCCCUGAUUUGCAAUCCAUGGAACAGAUUCGCCGCAUCAUGCGGCCGACGGACGUUCCAGACCAGGGCCUGCUGUGCGACUUGUUGUGGUCGGACCCCGACAAGGACGUGAUGGGAUGGGGGGAGAACGACCGUGGCGUUUCCUUCACGUUCGGCCCCGAGGUGGUGGCCAAAUUCCUACACAAACAUGACCUGGAUCUCAUAUGCAGAGCACAUCAGGUGGUUGAAGAUGGGUAUGAGUUCUUCGCCAAGCGACAGCUGGUCACGUUGUUCUCAGCCCCCAACUACUGCGGGGAGUUUGACAACGCAGGCGCCAUGAUGAGCGUAGACGAGACACUGAUGUGCUCUUUCCAGAUCCUUAAACCUGCUGACAAGAAGAAGUUCCCCUAUGGUGGCUUGAACGCAGGCCGGCCUGUGACGCCGCCCCGCGGCCAGAACAAAAACAAAAAGGGCAAAGCAUAGACCUCCUCUUGAGUCCUUUGGCAAUAUGUAGACAACUGCAGUGUAAUGUAAUGUAAGUAAGUCAGGGGGAGAAUCAGAGGAUAAAGGCAGGCUGAAAUUCCGUUGUAGUUGCCUCUCUAGUAGCUAUUCCAGGUAGAUGGGUAUUGUUGUUAAUUUGUGUUAGAGAAGAGACCCGUACAAGCUGUCAUGUAGCAAGGAUAAGAAGGAAAUUAGGAAUGAGUUCCCCUGGAGAAAUGGUACAUUUUUCUAUGGUCUCAAACACAGUGCAAGAGGAAAAGGUAUUAGACCCCCCUUUUGUCUCGAUUUGGGGAAAGAAACCACUUUUGAGAAUGGCCCUUCUUUUGUAAGCUAAGUUUUUUACCUUAUUUGUGUCCUGUCAGUGCUAGCUAACUCUAUACUACUUUUACUAGCCAGACACUUCUAUUGCUUUCAUUCUUGCAGUUGUAAAAAGUUGUGUUUCAAGUUGUCGGACUUUAAAUGAACUUAUCUCGCACGAUCAUCACAGGAAACAAUAGCAUAAAUCACUGAGUUUUGAGUUAGAAUUGAUUUGAAGACAUGAUAGGGUAGGAAAUGUAUUAGGAAGAAUGUCUGAUGACUGUUAACAGCACAGUAGACUGCUGCCAGUCCUUGAAAUGAACACAGAUUGGUACAGGUCUGCUCAGCGCGGAGGGUGUGUAUAGCGCUGGAGUGGAGUUUGGAAGGACUUGAUGUUUGGAGGGUAGUCUUUUGUUUGUCGAAGUGUCAUUUAGGUAGUUGAACAGUCUUCAAAAUUGGAAAUGCAGAAGUAGCAUAUAAGGGGAGACUCUAUUACCUUUAAGGUGGAGUUUGUAUAGGCCGACACAUAUUAAGAUUGGAAUGAAGAGGUGGUAGGGUAACAGCUGAGAGGAGUGCGCUGUAUGUUGAUUUGUAGGAGCUCAGGCUUGAUACCCAUAGCACUGCAUCUGUACAUAACAUCAGCUCAUUUUUUUGUGUAGCCAAUCCUUCACUGUGGUCAGUGUAUAGCUAUCCCAUGUAGACUACAUUUGUAAUCAUGACUGCAGCACUUAGUGCAGUUUAUAUGUCCCAUACAUGGCCUUGUUCUGUUGUCUGUACAUUGGUGCAAAGUAGAAGCUGUCUUGUAAACAACCUUGAUGGUAGGAAGUCUUCUCUACCCUGUAUUCAAAGUGGUACAUCCUGUCUGACCUCUGGACUGCACUCCUUCGGACUGUACCACUCUUGAUCAGGGUGUAGUGUUGUCUUUCCAGCAAUGUUGGAUUGGCACUGGAUAUUGUAAAAUGUACAGUCAAAGAGAAACAAGUAGAUACACUAGCAGCAGUGUCUAGCACUCAGGAAAAUAGAACUAAAAUUCUCUUUAAGUUUGAGUUAACCUUGCUUGGCCAUUAGGACUUCCCAAUACUUAUUCUCUGUAGUAUGUUCAAUUCCAAAGUUUCCCCCUGAAAGUUCUGAAUCGGCAGGGACAAAGCUAUUGUAAGGGUUGAUUUCUAUUGUAACCUUGAUUUUAACCGUCAUAACAUUUAUGGAGAGAGAGGACUUCUAAUGCUCAGCAAGGCAGUCUGGCACUCUUGAUUCUUGCUUCUGAAACCUUCCCAGGAUUGCAAAGAAAAUUCUGUUGGUCUGUUGCUUAUCAUUACCUCGAAACACUGCUCACUUGAUGCACACUUGAGAACUACAGGGUAUAAUAACAAUAUUUGUCAACCCUUUCAGCUCUGUCUAAUGUAAACUUCUGUGCUGACUUGUACUAGUAUAUAAUAUCUGUUGGAGGAUUAUUACAUAUGAUAGGUUUUUGGUUAUGAUAUUGAUGUGGGGAGGGGUAUUAUUACUAGCUUUAGUUUGUGCACACUACACAAGAAAAUUCAAAACUUUCUUCCGUAAAGAAUUUACUUUAUAUGAACAUAUGAUUAUGAGUAACUUUGAUGUGGUAGUCUAUCAUUUAACCACAUCUCGUUAAGUCAAACGCCUAGAAAUUGAAGGUACAUAUACAUACACUUUUAUUGUUUUGUUUGAAAACAUUGUUUUUGUUUUGCUGCACUGUAUGUAAGGCUUUCUUUGACUGGAGAAAUGAAUUUUAGAAGGUACAAUGACAAACCAAAUGUUCUGUAUUUCCUUGUAAGUAAGCUUACAUUUAUUCCUUGUUUCACUAUAAGCAAGUACGCAACAUCAGUACCUUACAUUGUAACCGUUUAUGCAGGUUAGUUAACACUUUGCAAGAAUUUUUAGGAUCCAAUAUUAAAAAAAGAUUAAGAACUGGCCCAAAUUUCAGGGAUAUGUGAUGAUCCAGCAUGCUACACUCGGAACAUUUUAUUGUACAAAAGACUGCAUAUUAAAUGAAAAUGCGACAAAGCUACAUAAACCAUUCCAUGCUCCUUAACUGGAAUGGUAUGUACACAGUAGGCUGCUUCUGUCUUCAAAAGUAUCUUUCUGUUAAACUGAACUUUCCUGAACGACAAUUUCUUUGUGACCUUGAUGUGUACGUAGCUAUAUCAUCCACAAGGCAUCAUUCACUAUCAUCUUGUAUAUAAUUUUAGAUUCAUGAAAUUGUACUUGCGUCCUGUUAUUGUAUUUUUUUGGUGACUUUUGUAAUGAUAGGAAUUUUUGAGUCAGGUAUUUUCCCUCGAUAAAGACACUGAUUGUGAUGUACUUUGUACCAGCUGUAACCUGGCUCUUUGUAUGUUGUCCAUGAAUGGCAGUUUAUUAUUAAAGAUGUAGUUUUGAUACACCAAAA